AUGCAAAAGUUGGCAUUACUUCAACUUUUGACUCUUGCAGUCCUUGUUCAUUCCCAGAAUCAAUCAGGAUUCGUCAGUAUUGAUUGUGGAUUUGUGGAUAAACCAAGCUACACAGAUGAAACUACUUCCAUCUAUUACACUUCAGAUUCCAACAUCAUAUCCACUGGAAUUAGUCGCAGCAUAUCAUCUAAACAUAAGACGCAGACCCUUAAAAGGCAGUUCUGGAAUGUUCGAAGCUUCCCAGAAGGAACCAGGAACUGCUAUACUGUUGCAGCUCCUCAAGGAAGGAGCAGAAAGUUCUUAGUGAGAGCCAUGUUCAUGUAUGGAAACUAUGAUGGUGAAAACUCUCUGCCCAAGUUUGAUAUCUAUCUUGGAGCUAAAUGGUGGGACUCUUUGAUGUUUCAGAAUGCAUCUGAGAUAGUAACCAAAGAAAUAAUUUAUGUUGCUUCAUCAGAUUAUGUUCAUGUUUGCCUUUUUAACACCAACAAUGGCAAACCUUUCAUAUCAGUGUUGGAGCUAAGAGUUCUGGACAGCAAUGCCUAUCUCGUCAGCUCCCUGCAGCUCUUGGCUCGGUAUGAUAUAGGGCUGCAGGAUGGUGAAUUAGUCAGGUAUCCAGAUGACAUCUAUGAUCGAAUAUGGACACCUUUUAACUCAAAAGACUGGAGACAGAUGAAUACAUCACUCCCUGUGGACCAAGGAUCAUCAUCAACAGCAUCAUCAUCCGACUUAAUAACUUACCCUCCUUCCACUGUCAUGAGAACAGCAGCAACUCCAGCAAAUGUCAGCAACAAAUUGGAAUUUCGCUUCCAGCUUGGGCAUAAUGAUUCCAUAUACAACGUAUACUUGUACUUUGCUGAAAUCCAGAAACUCCAAGCAAACCAAAUCAGAGAAUUUGACAUAUUCCUGAAUGGAGACCUUUUAAAUGCUGAUAUCAGUCCUUUGUACCUUAAAACCCUGUAUUAUACCUCAAUAAUAACUGAACCUUGGCUUGAUGUUUGGAUCAAUACAACCGAUAGAUCAACUCUUCCUCCUCUUUUCAAUGCCAUUGAGAUAUAUAUGACUAAGGAUCUCUCUCAGUCACAAACACAGCAAACAGAUGUUGAUGCAAUCACGAACAUCAAAUCAUCUUAUGGGAUCAAGAGAAACUGGCAAGGAGACCCUUGUACUCCACGGGCAUACUUGUGGGACGGUCUUAACUGCAGCUAUGGUGGAUCUGGCUCCCCAAGGAUCACCUCCUUGAACUUAUCGUCUGGUGGAUUAACUGGAAACAUAGCUCCAGACCUAUCCAAUUUGAAGUCGAUUGAGUACUUGGAUUUGUCAAACAACAAUUUGGUUGGAGAUGUACCUAGUUUCCUCUCUCAGUUGCAGUUCUUGAGGGUUCUAGAACUAGAAGGCAAUCAACUAUCAGGAACAAUUCCUACAAAACUUAUUGAGAGGUCAAAGAAUGGAUCACUUAAACUCAGUUUUGGCGGAAAUCCAAAUCUUUGCUCUUCAGAAGACUCAUGUAAGAGUAAUAAGGCAAAGUUCGUCAUUCCGUUAGUGUCAUCACUAGCUGGAGCUUUAAUACUGUUGGCAGCCACAAUUACUUUCUGCAUUUCCAGAAGGAAAAAAACAGUGAAGCUGAGUGCUUAUUCCAGAAUAAAGAAGGAGCUAGGGCUGAAGAAGCAAGAAUUCACUUAUGCUGAAGUUUGUAGCAUCACCAAGAACUUUGAAAAGGUUUUGGGAAAAGGAGCAUUUGGAACAGUGUACCACGGCAUCUCAAGCAACACUCAGGUUGCUGUCAAAAUGCUCUCUCCCUCAGGUCAAGGAUAUCUGCAAUUUCAGGCAGAGGCAAAACUUGCUAAAGUUCACCAUAAACACUUGACUUCUCUGAUAGGAUAUUGUGACGAUGGCACCAACGUUGCUCUCAUCUAUGAGUAUAUGGCUAAUGGCGACUUAGCCAAGCAUUUAUCAGAGAAAAAUGUAAACAUCCUGAACUGGAAACAACGGCUACAAAUUGCAGUGGAUGCCGCAGAAGGCUUGGAGUAUCUGCAUACGGGUUGUAAGCCACCGAUUGUUCACAGAGAUGUUAAGUCCAAAAACAUCUUACUGAAUGAAUUUUUUCGUGGAAAAAUAGCUGAUUUUGGAUUGUCAAAAAUCUUUCGUGAUGAAGAUGAUACGCAUAUAUUUACUGUGAUAGCUGGCACCCCAGGAUAUCUUGACCCCGAGUACAAUAUGUCAAACAAGUUGAACGAAAAAAGUGAUGUUUAUAGCUUUGGGAUUGUUCUUCUUGAGAUAAUUACAGGACAACCUGCCAUAGCCAAGACUGAAGAAAAACCUCACAUAGUUCAGUGGGUUAAUGUCAUGCUAGCUGAAAGCAAGGUUGCAGAUAUUAUCGAUUCAAGAUUAGAAGGGAACUUUGAUAUUGAUUCUGCAACAAAAGCACUGGAUACUGCAAUGGCUUCUGUGGCACCUUCUUCCCUAAACAGGCCAACAAUGAGUCAUGUAGUGAUGGAAUUGAGACAAUGUUUGGCUAUGGAGAUAGCUCGUGGAAGUCAAAGUCAAAUUGAUUACUCAUUUGGUGGAAUCAGUGGAGUGAGUUCUUUGGCUAGAUAGUUAUAGUUUUGGUUAAGUGCUAAAAAGCAAAUACAUUGUGUUCUUUCUUUGUUUCAGCAUGGUACAUAAAGAGAGCUUUUAUGGAGACGAAUUCGAUUACUAAUUAUCAACUGACAUAAUAUUGUAUUUCCAGAAUCACA